AUGGCGCAAAUCCCUUCCGAUCCUGAUCGACGGUCUUCAAAGGCGUAUGAGCUCAACCAACCGAAUUCCGCCGAGAAGCUCUAUCGUGCCGGCAACUAUCAUCUGCGCAAAGUGAAGAGUCUUUCACCGUUCAAGCUCGCGCUCGUCACCGUCCUCACACUUACAACCAUCUACUGCCUCUUGCUCGUCGUAUGCGUGGCCGUCGAUUCGAUCGCGAUGCAGCCGAGUACGAGAUCCUUUACAGGCGACUUCCGUAGGGCGUCACAACGAGCGGCCGAUUUGACGAAUGGCAUGCUCCAGGGCGGUAAUGCUCCGAUGGUCGGGCAACGAUCGACUGCAGACCAACGAUCUCGCAAAGCAUGGGGGCGAGGGUCGCGUAGCAAGAACGAGCCCAUCCGGCCUGUUCGACCGGCGAUUGUCGACGAUGGGGAUGAUGACUACUUCGACGACCGCUUGCCACCAGAGUCCGAGGUUUCCGACGAUGAACGCGAAAGGUGGAUUCGUGAGAGCAUCUCGCGAGCAGCCCAGCGUGUACGUAAGGAAGACUUCUUGCUCCAAGCAUCUGACAGCAAGGCUGCAUCAUCCCAAGGCGAUGCCGCCGACGAUAACGAAUCGACACCCAAGAAGCGUAAAAAGGGCCCUGCUCGCAAAUUUGGAUCGAAAUCGGACCUGUCCAGAGGUUCACCGCGUGAAGGGCGUCGUCCGGUCAAUCAGGCAAGUCAACUCGAGAAACAACAUGCAGCGACAGCAGUCGACCCAGAGGGGGGGGCCGAGAUUGGUGAGACGGUACCGGUCACCAUGGAGGACGAAGCAACAGUCGAAGAGGCUCCUGCGAGGUCUAGGGUACCGGCGGAUACGGCGAGACAGGCUGCAACCUCGGACGCAAGCGACGACGAGCUGGACGAGGACUCGGAGGACGAAGGUGAAGAAGAGAAACCAGUGCCGCCACCGCCCCGCCCGGCGUCGAAAAAGACCAAGGCCCAACGACUUGCGCCCGAGCCAGCGCCUCCUCGUGCACCCGCACCGGCUCGGAAAGCCGCCGUCUUGACCAACGACAAGAAGCUGCACAAAACUCGACGACCGAUUAGUAAGGGCGCCGCUGCCGGGGCACAGUUGGGCCCUGCGCCUCUUGACUCGUCUUCGGCAAUGGAAGAAGAACCGGACAAGCCUGCUGCACAGCGCCUUGCCAAGGCCGAAGCGCAACUCAUGGCUGCACGUGAACAACUUGCCGCGCAGGUAGCAGCCGAUGCUCGGACCGGUGGUGCUCGCCAACGCCCCCUCGACGCGACGGUCGUACCGAUGCAGACGAUGAAGACGACCCGCAAGGAAAAGGUCGGAGGAGCUGCGAGGGCCAGCGCCGACAAAUCUCGCGUCGUCGACGAGCCUGUGCAGCCGAAGAAGGAUGCUGGAAAGCAGGAACAGCGACGGCCGAUGGCGAUGAGGGCCAAGAAGAAGGGGUCGCCCGCCCGCCAAAGAUACGGUCCGAAUGCAUGA